CUCCUUUACCAAAAUAAACCAUACGCGCCUUAUUCUAAAAUCGUAACUCCCAGUUCUAUACUAAACGAUUAACCGAUAAAGUGACGAAUUCUGCUUUCUUGUACAAGAAAUAGGAUUGGAUGGCUCAACAAUAUCCAAAACUAGUUAACAAACAAUUUAAUUCUCCGAUCAAUUUAUAUUCGGACUCGAAUAUACGGGAAGUUAUUGAAAGAGAAACCCAGCUACUCACUAACGGGGCUGUUGGUAUCAACUUUUAUAAUCCGAACACUUCUACGCCAGCAAACUUAAAAAAUUCUGCAGUCAUGCGACUAAUACAGGAAAACGAACAACCACGUACUGAAAGCAACUCGAAUUUACGAACACACGAUGGACGACAGAAUUGGCCACCUCCAGAUAACAAAGCGGUUCACAAAAUUCAAUUUGGAGUUUCAGGUCUAAAGCGUGUAGCUUGGCCACCACCAUCUGCUGAAGAACAUUUGGUCGAAGUUUCACCAGACCAAGUGGUUAAAGCUCAAAAUUCGAGUGGCCCCGCCAAUUACGCGAACCAAAGUAGCCCCCGGUCAGGCUAUAGCACCCCUUCUACUCAACAAGGAUUAGCGAAUAACUAUCAACAGCCUGCUUAUCAACAACCUUCUUAUCAGCAGAAACAACCUGCUUAUCAGCAACAACACUCUUACCAACAGCAACCCUCCUACCAACAACAACCCCCUUAUCAACAACAGCACUCUUACCAGCAACAACCCGCUUACCAACAACAGCAACAACAACCCUACUAUCAACAGCAACAACCUGCUUAUCAACAACAAAAUUCGUUCUCUCCUAUCCACAAUCAGACCCCUUCCAGCUUCAGUCCAGUUCAGCAACCUGCUAAACAGUGGUCGUCGGUGUCUUCUCCCACCCCAACAUCUCCUAUCCCACAACGGGGUCCUCAAUCUCCUGCCCAAGCUCCAGGAUUUCAAUCUAGCUCACAAGUUUUCUCACCAAGCGCCCAGAGUUACCAAAAUACGGCCCCUGCGUACCCAAAGGAUCAAGACAUUCAACAGUCGAGAGGACCUGCAAGGCCUCAAGCUACACAACCACAGAAGCAAUUCGAACCCCCUCCUCAAACGAUUACCCUCCGAUCCGAACCCCCAAUGAGUCAAAAGCCGGCCCCAGUUUACAACGCACAACCUGCCGCUAAAGUUUUUAAAGGCGGUAGCUUUUUACGCGGGGACUUAAAAUGGCCCCCACCGGAAGUGAAGAAACAUAUGGAAGAAGAAAAGAAGCACUUAGAAGACUUGGCCAAGGGGCCAGCCUUCAAGCCGAGGAAGAUGGAGAAAGAUUAUACCGAUUUCUUCGCACAGCACGCAUUAAACAAUACCUACCCUGGAUACAAAGUACCCCCAGGUACCCUAUAUUAUCCCCAUGAACCUAAAUAUAUCAAAUUAAGUUAGUUUAAUUACAUAAUACUUUUUUUUCAUUGCAAACCGCAAGUGAUAAUUACUAUUAUAAUAAAGUGGCUAAUUAUUGUAAAUAAAAUGAAAAAUUAUAAAUAACGCAUAUGUAUUUUAAUUAUUAUAUUAUUAAAAUUAAUAUAUACGAAGUACGCUUUUCCAGUUACACUUUUAUUUCAUGUUGUGAUUAUUUGUUCUUGUUAUGUACCGUUAAAAGGAAAUUUAAUUGCGCAAACUUUGUGACUGUUUUGGCACUUGCAUAGGUAAAUUAUACUAUAGUUGUAUUGUUGUGCUUUUAAAUUUCAUUUUUUGUAACUUAAUACCCGAGCUACUCACAAAUAGCUAAGUACACAACAAAAAAGUCACUUUGCUGACGUAAGUAAACGUUAUUGGACUGGAGUACCUGUGCCAAUUCUAUCUAAAUCGCGGUUAUUUUAGGAUCUUGAAAUAAAUUUUCUGUUUCUCGGUGAUACCUACAUGGGUGUGUGUGUGUGUAUAAUGCGCCGGAACGUAGCAAAUUUGUGAAUAGCUUUAUUUAUUUUUACUUAUUUAUUGAUGCAACACGAAAACAGUGUAGUGACGAAAGAAUAAAAAACGCUUAAUAAAUAUUGCACUGCUUCGCAUCAGCUGA